AUGGCUCUCCUAAAUUGCAACCAAACGCAAUUUACAACAAAGUCAAUAAAUGUUCAUACAAGGGUUCUUCAGCGGGGAUUCUUCAAUCCAUGGCUGUAUCUUCGGACUUCAGAAGUAGUACCAGUUUAUGGACUGGUCUGUCCAGAACGGCACAAAGGAAUUACUCUCUUUAAACAGAAUGCCUGUAUUUCAGUUUCACAAAAAGGAAAGAUCCUCUCGAAACCUUCGGAACUUAUCCAUCCGUUUGGUCCUGCAGCUCACUUGUUUUCCGUAGAGGAUCACCGUUUUCCUGUAGGAGAUGAACUUCCUGAAGGUACCAUUGCAUGUUUGGAAAAACGUGGUAUGGUGAAAGACCUGGAUUGGGCCAGAAUCUACGAAAGAGCUCAAUCCGUCGCUAAAACCAGGGAUCUCAGAAGAUGCCGAAAACUAAUCGCAUACAUUAACAAGAGAAUAGAACAACUGCCGAAACCAAUUCAAUAUCGCAGUGUGUUUCAUCAGUUUUCUGUUUUGAAUAGUUUGUAUUCGAACGCUAUUUUGAAACCUAAGCAGGUUAUUUGUUUGGAAAAGCUGUUCCUUGGCGUGGAUAUAUUGGCAAUUCUACCAACCGGUUAUGGCAAGUCCUUAAUUUACCAGCUUUUGCCUUUGAUGCUGUUCGCUAAAAGAGCAUUGGAAGAACGUACAAAUCAGCAACUUUGUACGGAUGAAGUGACCUCUGUGCUGCUUGUGAUAUCUCCAUUGAACGCUUUAAUAAACGAUCAAGUUCGAAAGUUAUGUGCGAUAGGACUUAGAGCAUCGGCGAUAAAUAUUCAGCCACAACAAAAUAUUGACGAUGAAAUCGAUUGUGAUGUAACUGAACUUGAACAAAAAACGAAGCUGAUCAAAGGAUAUUAUAAUUUGUUGUUUGCUCAUCCUGAAGCGCUAAUAUCAAGCAAGUUUGGAAAAGAACUAGUGAACAGCGCUAUAUACCAAAAACAUGUUUGCGCUAUUGUAAUCGAUGAAGCCCACUGCAUUCUUGAAUGGGGAGAUGAUUUCAGACAAGAUUAUGCAAAGCUAAGUGUGUUGUGUGCUGUCUUUCCAAAAGUACCACUUCUGGCUAUGACGGCUACAGCAAAUAAAAGUGACCGAAGGCAGAUUAAGGAAUCACUUGGCCUGCAUAGUUGUUUUGAAUUGAUUGCAAACCCCAACAGAAAAAACAUCUUCUAUGAAAAGACAUUCAGAUAUGGACAAGAUAUUGAUGCAUUUGAGCACAUUUGCAGACCAAUUGCAGUCGAUUUGCUACAUAUGAAAAUCGAUUUCCGUUGA